AUAAUUCAAGAAUCAUUUUGACAUAUUAGGAAGUUGAAGAAGAUAAAAAGAAUGCAGCAAAACUAAAUGCUUUGGUACAAAUGGUGCCAUCGAAAGAUUGGCCAGAAAGGAAAGAACCACCAGAAUUUUCAAAUCCUCCUAAAACCAAAUCGAAGUCAACCAAAGAGAAACAUGAAUACGUAUUGCAACCUCAUGUCAGCGAAGGAAAAAAAAUACAUUCAUUUGCUCAAGGAGAAGGACCUCCACCGGACCCUAAAUACAACUUUUUAGCAGAUUCUGAGCGAGAAGAACCUGGCGUGGAAAACAUAAAGGAAACUAAUGGAAAUAAAUCUCAUCAGAAGCAGAUGAGAGGGAAUUUUAAAGGUAGAAGAAUCGUCGGCAGAGGUGGUACUCAGAAAGAUUGUAAAUCAUCUAGAGGAAAUUGUAAAGAUGACUCUCAACCGGGGUAUGAUGCUUGGAGAGCUGAAAGAAAUCGCAUUGACGAGGAUCGAAUCAGUAGGCAGAAGACUGCAGAGGGCAAUUGGCGCAGAGAAUGGGAUAAUGAUAAAGUGCAUAUUGUAGAUGAUAUAACAAAGAAAUCAUCGAAGCCCAUGUUAGGAGACUAUGUAAAAAAAGACUCCGAUAGAAGAUAUCAUAACAAUAAUGAACAUGUCAAUUACACUCGUGGCACAGGCCAUCGCUCUCAUCGUGGUUCCACAAAGAAUUUCCACGGAAAUUAUGAAAAUCGGUCUCAUAAUACUUAUGAUCAGCACAGGAACAAUUCGUCAAUGUCGGCAAAAGUAUCGGUUUCUCCAACUUCCGAAGAAAGAACCGUUAUUGCAACCGAAAAGAGUAUUAAGGUCACUGUAAAUCAGAGCAACGUAACGAAAGGCACAGUAAUGAGUGUCAAAGUGAAUUCACCAAACAUAGCUGGAACCGGAAGAGUGGGACCGCGACAAAGAACUCGCGUUACGUAUAGCCAUUCAGAUGUUGAUGUGCCUCCAUCCGAAGAUGAACCUUUCUUUCGGCAAAAGUCAUUUGAAGACAAAGCGAAAGGAACUUAUUUCAAUAAUCAGAAAUUCUCUAAUCUGAAGAAAUCUCAUUCGCAGAAGAAGAAGGAGAAUGAGACGAAAUAUCGUCAGAGGAAAAAUAGUGAAGGGAAUUCGCACGAAUUUCAAUCUUAUAUGCAGAGGGAUCAUCAGAAAUUCAUUCCUAAUAAAUCAUCACAUCUCUUUAAGGAGAAUAGUAAGGUAACGAAACCCGAUUCUUCAGACAUAGAUGUUUUACAAAAACGUCAAACUCAGGAGUGUUCUACUUUCGACAAAAUGAAAGUUGAACGUGACAUAGAAUGUGAUACUGAACAUAAUGAUGAACAGGAUAAUAAACAUGAUACGGAAGGUAGUAUGGAAUGUGAUGUUGGACAUGAUGAUGAACAGGAUAAUAAACAUGAUACGGAAGGUAGUAUGGAAUGCGAUGUUGAACAUAACGAUGAACAGGAUAAUAAACAUAAUACGGAAGGUAGUAUGGAAUGCGAUGUUGAACAUGAUGACGAACAAGAUAAUAAACAUGAUACGGAAGAUAGUAUACAAUGCGAUGUUCAACAUAAUGAUGAACAGAAUAAUAAACAUGAUACGGAAGGUAGUACGGAACAUAAUGUGGAGCAGUAUGAUGAACUGGAGAUGAAACGUAAUGUCGAAAACGAUAGUGAACAAAAUACUGAACAGAGUAUUGAAUGUAAUAUUACAGCAGAAACAAUUAGGACACCACCAGAAGGAAUACAAGUAAGUAACGUAAAAAAUGGAGAAACGAAUGUUAAAGAUAAGUUAUUGGAUGAAGUAUUGCUAAUGAACGAAGAAACUGAUGAAACUGUAUUAAUCCCUGCAUCGAGUGCGGAGAAUUCUGUUCACGUUGCCAAAGAUGAAACGCAUAAUAUUACUUCCGAUGACAAAAAUUCUGAUCCUCUUGCAUGUAAGAUAGUAGAGGAAUCAUGUAAAGGUAGUAAUGUGUCUUCCGAGGCAUCGAUUUCAGGUGACAAUCCAUCCAACAAGCAACUUGUGCCAAAAGAAAAUGAAGAAUCAUCGAGCGAUGUCGUCGAAAUGCUUAAACCUCGUCUACACGAGAUUAAUGAAGAAUUAUUGAAACAAACGAAAGAUGAUACAGAACAGUUUGCAAACGAUAACUGUGAUAAUAUCGAAGAAGAAAUUACGGUACAACGAAAUACAGAAGAGGUGAUAGAUAAUUCUGUGUCUUCGUUGGAAAAUAAAACACACUCUGUGAUAGAAAUUAAGGAUCAACUGAUAUGCAAUACCCAUUUAGUUCAAGUGUCGAAUACUGAAAAAGAGACGAGUAAUUCGUCUAAUGAAAAUUUAAGAGAUACACAUGAAGUAAAUUUAGAAAAUAUUCAUACGGUUAGUAUUGUGAAUGUGGAUAAUGACGUAACAGAAAAUACAGAAAAAACGGAAGAACCUAACGACAAGAAACAAGAGAAAGAAAACGAGAGGGAGAAUGAAUCAUUGCAAUAAAAAACAACACCGAUGUUCGGUAGUAUGUGUAACAUAUCCGUUACACUUUACUCUUUUUCUAAGCUAAUACAUUUUUGAGUCACUGUAAUUAAGUGAUACUACUUGCGCACAAUCGUUAACAUUAACUGAUUAAUCCUUUGCCGGUGUAUGACUUUCUGUACUAUUUAUAUAUUUAUGAUCGAUGUAAAACAUCUUGUACAUUGGAACUUAGUUUUUAAUUUGGACAAAACGUUCACAUUACUUUAGUUUUCAAUGAUGGACAAAACGAAUUACUAAAAAAUUUUUUUUUUAAUACAUUGAAAGUGAUAUAAACAAUGUAAGUGAAAGUAAUGUAAACACUGAUGAAAUUAAUAUUUUUAUUUCGAGAAAUACGGUUUUUAUCCUUACAACUUUAUUUUUUGUUUGAAAAUAAAGGACCGUAAAGGAUUAGCGCAUUAAAAAGUAAUCGCUAUUAGUACUUUAAUAAUAAUAUGUAGAAACUGACAAUGUCAGUAUUCGUAUUUCUUGAUAUUUUGUAUAAAAAUUCUAUGAAAAUAGAAUACUAAAAAUUUUGUUCAGACAUUGUGCUCGAAUGAUAUUUUUAUAAUUACCUAUUAUAACUAUACUUACUACACCCAACUCGUGUCUUGGCCGAAAAUCAUUAAAAAUAAGACAAGAUAAGUACGCAUCAUUGUAAACGGUAUAUGGCAAGCGAUGUGUAUGUACGGCCAACAUACAAUGGGUUGGGCGUAUGGAUGACUCAAGAAUUCCGGAACCACUUCGCAGUUCAUAUGUACACGUAGAAACUCUGGCACGUUCUCUUUCGUUAUCCUUUCAUGCAUCGCUGCUAUACAAUAACUGCUAGUUGCUAGUUGGAUUAGAGUUGGAAUUAUAUAUUUUCUAUGUAUGCGUACGAAGUUGGCCCGGAAUCCGUUGAGUCACUUUAAUUUGGAGAUUGAUAUACAUAAGUUGUAUAAAACGAAAAAAGGAUCGAUAUUUCAAUAUUUCGGGAAUUGUUAUUAAGGGAAUAGUCUCUGAUAGCGGUGCGAUAAGGCAGUCAAUGUUACUCACAAAAUUGACCAAAAAUAUGAGUUUACGGGACUACACUUUUAGUUCUUACACAUAUACAAUGCUCUUCACUUGCAUAGCGGGUAAAAACUGAUAUAUGCAUAUAGUUACAAAAUAGAUGAAAAAUCGUAGUUAUAAUGCCUUUAUUUAUAAGCAGUUUUAUGUCCAAAAAAGAUUGCGUCGAGAGAAAUGAAGACCAGAUUAAAUCAGACUUAACUUUUGCCUUUUCAGAUAUACUUGAUCACCUAAAAAUCUUUCAAUACAAGGACAAAAAGUGUACUGCAAACCCAUAUUUUAGACUAUUUUUGUCCGGUUAUCGAUAAAGCAAAGCAAAAAACAUCAAAAAUUUACCGGCAAAUGUUAGAAAAGUCACGUGACUAUCCUAGCCCCUUAAUUUAGAAAAAGAUUUAAAAACAAAUAAUCGCUUGUAAUACACAAUGCGCUAUGCAAUGUAUUUAAGAAUACGAGUUUCCUCACAGGUUGUGAAAUAGGAUGAAAUUCUAAUUGUGAGUCAAAAGUUCCUCUUUCAGUUUUUCCUCCAACAACUAUUAACAAAGUUAUUACCGAAAAAAGUGAAUCAACUUCAUGUUUGAAAACAAAUGUCACAAAAUAGAGGACGGCGCGAGGCGGGGCCUCGUGAUUGAUCCAAUUUUUUCGUUAAUAAGGCGUUAAUGAAGAAAAAAGUGAAAUCGAAGCUUUUAACUCAAAAUCUUCUCUCACAACCCCAGAGGAAAUUCACGCAUGAUGGGACACCCUGUAUUUAUUUACCAUUGAGUUUAGUGAAGAAGCAGUGUUAUGUUACUUUAUAGUUUAUAUGUAUUUAUUCAAAACUUUGCACUGAAAUAGUUAGUCGUUGCACAUUCUUUUUUUAUAUAUAAAAUUUUGUUACUUAUUUGCCCAUUACGAUUUAUUUUUAAUCCACGAAAUGAGACAUAACUUUAAUACUAAAAUGUUAAAACAUGGAAUAGAUGCUUUUUUAAUCGUUUUUAAAUUUUUGUUACUAAAGUGCCAUUAUAAUUUAUUUUAUAUUCACGAAUCUGUGCUAUUUCCUUUUAAUUAUAUAGAAGCGCCAUUAAUUUUGGAGAUGUUCCUCGGAUUCUUCUGUACUAUGGUCCUCGACCGAAAUUUCAGUUUCUGUAAAACUUGGUGGAAACCAGUUCAAGGUGUCCAUUAAGUUCAUUAUUCUCAGCCACAGUUUUUUAUUCUUAAGAUUAUUCUGAAAUUAAAAAGAAACAAAGAAAAAAUAAACGAUGAAAAUUGUUAGCCGAGAUUUAUCUUUUAAAUAUUACCCAUUCACAUACAGGGUGUUUCAGAAUGCACGAUUUUUCACUAAGGCUGAAAGAGGGUGGAAUUCUGAAUAAAAAAUUUUGAUUUUUUCCUCCAA